AAAAGAAGAACGUUCGGAAAUCUAGGGUAACAAAGUCAAGGUCAAGACAAAUGGCAAAUUUUUAGUGCAUACUUAUUUUACCUAAAGUAAAGCUUGUGUAAUCCAUUCAUUUAAUUAAACCUAAUUCGGGACGUUACAUCGAAUAGUUUUCUAUAAAAUGAGCAUAAAUAUGUUGAGUAAAACCUCCAGAUGUGUUAAAUACUUCGGAUCAAACUUAAAAGCGAGUGUUGGUCUUGCAGCCAGAAACACCACUGGUAGGGAGGUUAGCAGUGCUGGAGUGACCAGAGAUUUCAGCUCAACAGUGACUGAAGCCACUUUCCCCACUAAGGAAUACAAGCUACAUAGACUGGACACACCCCCAGCCAGUGAGUCGACCUUGACCCGUGAUGACGCCCUCAAGUUCUACCAACAGAUGCAGACUAUAAGACGUAUGGAGACGGCAGCUGGGAAUCUCUACAAAGAAAAGAUCAUCAGAGGAUUCUGCCAUCUUUAUUCUGGACAGGAAGCAUGCUGUGUUGGGAUGGAGGCAGGUAUUAGACCUGAUGAUGCAGUGAUCACUGCAUAUAGGGCACAUGGAUGGACUUACAUGCGUGGAGUGCCUGUCCUGGGUGUACUAGCUGAACUUACAGGUAGAAUCUCUGGCUGUGCUAAGGGCAAAGGUGGUUCCAUGCACAUGUACACUGAUAAUUUCUAUGGUGGAAAUGGUAUUGUUGGUGCACAGAUUCCUCUAGGGGCUGGCAUAGCCUUCGCUCAGAAGUACCAAGGCAAGGACAAUGUCACAAUAGCACUAUAUGGAGAUGGCGCAGCAAACCAAGGGCAACUUUUCGAAGCUUUCAAUAUGGCUAAACUUUGGGAUGUUCCUGCCAUAUUUGUGUGUGAGAACAAUGGUUAUGGGAUGGGAACCAGCGUAGAGAGAGCAUCUGCUAGCACUGAUUACUAUACAAGAGGCGACUAUGUACCAGGAAUAUACGUUGAUGCAAUGGAUGUGCUGACAGUUCGUGAGGCCACUAAGUAUGCUGCAGAUUAUUGUCGUUCAGGCAAGGGACCAAUCCUGUUGGAGUUGGCCACCUAUAGGUACAGUGGCCACAGUAUGAGUGAUCCUGGUACAAGUUACCGAAGUCGUGAUGAAGUUCAAGAAGUGCGACAAAAAAGGGACCCCAUCAUGCUUUUUAAAGAAAAGAUAUUAACAUCAAAUCUAGCUACAGCUGAUGAGAUCAAGGCUGUUGACAAGCAAGUCCGCAAAGAGGUGGAUAGUGCAGUUGAAAGAUCUCGCAAUGACCCUGAGAUUGAGCUAGAAGCGUUAUAUGAACAUGUAUAUGUAGACCAAGCGAAAGAUUUCCCAAUAAGGGGAUGUCAAAGCAUAACAUCUGGAGUUGCUCAAUAAGUGAACCAUACCUAUGGCUAUUGAAACAGAGGUACGUAAAACUGUGGAAGAAGGAGUAAAGAGAGCAAAGGCUGACCCUGAGCCACCUAUGGAACUACUAUACGACCAUGUAUUCAAGGAUGCCCCUAAAGACUUUACUGCACGUACAGUAGAUCCUUUUGUAAAUGCAGAAUCUAGGCAAUAACAUUUAAUGAACUAUAGAUGAAUCAUCAGUAAUAUCAGAUACUCUACAUGUUGUGAUCUUAUUAAGGAAUAUACACUGAGAAUAUUAAAAACUGUUGUCUUUAGUAGACUAGCUCUGCUGUUUUAUUUUGGUACAAGCUCUGUUGUUUUAUUAUUUUGGUCCAUCUUGCAAAAAAGUCCAUUGUUAAACAAUUUACUUGUAUCAUCUGUGCUGAUAUCUUUCAUGCAUGGAUAACUGAUCACUUGCUAGAUGUGUAAAAUUAUUUGAGCCGAGAACUUUUUUCAUUGCUAAAUAGAUUUGUAUGUCUUAAAUUAAAAAGCCUUUCUACAACUCAUAUUGCAAGUUUAACUUUUUUAAUUGCCAACUGGAGUUAUAUGUCAUAAUAGCCUGGUUACAAUUUAUAUUGCUGAAUUUCAUUGCCACAUGGGUUUGCAUGUAACUUUAUUUACAAGUCAGAUUGUUGAGUUUGUUUUUAGAGAAAAUUGGUGAGAAAUAAAGAAACUAUUUAUUAAGUAUA